UCGAGGCCGAGGGCGCGGGGACCCGAGCGCGCCGGGGCCCCGGGGCCGCGGCGCCUCAGUGAUGUUUUACUCAGGGCUCCUCACCGAGGGCGGCCGCAAGGAGACCGACAUGCGGGAGGCGGCGCCGCUGCGACAGCAGCGCCGGAUGAAGCAGGCGGUGCAGUUCAUCCACAAGGACUCGGCCGACCUGCUGCCGCUGGACGGCCUGAAGAAGCUGGGCUCGUCGAAGGACACGCAACCUCAUAACAUUCUGCAGAGGCGCCUCAUGGAAACCAACCUGUCUAAGCUCCGGAGCGGUCGUAUCCCCUGGGCCUCCAAGACCAACAAACUCAACCAAGCCAAGUCUGAGGGCCUAAAGAAGUCUGAGGAGGAGGAUAUGAUUUUGGUCUCUUGCCAGUGUGCUGGAAAGGAUGUGAAAGCCUUGGUUGACACCGGCUGUCAGUAUAAUCUCAUCUCCUCAGCCUGUGUGGACAGAUUGGGACUCAAGGAACAUGUCCGCUCUCAUAAGCAUGAAGGAGAAAAGCUUUCUCUACCCCGGCAUCUCAAAGUAGUGGGCCAGAUUGAGCACCUGGUGAUCACACUGGGCUCUCUGCGCCUCGACUGCCCAGCAGCUGUGGUUGAGGACAAUGAGAAAAACUUGUCCCUUGGUCUCCAAACUCUCCGGUCCCUGAAGUGUGUCAUAAACUUGGAUAAGCAUCGGCUGAUCAUGGGAAAGACAGACAAGGAAGAAAUCCCUUUUGUGGAGACAGUUUCUUUGAAUGAAGACAACACUUCAGAAGCAUAACUGCAGCCUGCAGUGUAUCUGCACAUGUGCACACAUACCAGGUUGACAGAUUGAGAAAACUAGGUUUGAACCAAAUGCAGUAGCAAGCUUCUGUGGACCAAGUGAUUCUCUCUCAUAGAAGCCCCAGGGGCUCCUUCCCACCCAGACCUCUCUAGACUAUAGUCUGUGCUUAGAGAACUUGUCUGGUUAUAGCCAUUGUUUUUUACUCCUUGGAUCACUUAAUUUAUAGACCCUUUUUGACACUGCCAGGUCUUUCUUGUGGCCUAUUUCUCUGCUUCUUUCAGGAGUUUGCUUUUAUUAGUCAAAUAUAGGGAGUUACGUGGUUCUAUUUCUCCAUAGAUACACCUGGUUCUUUUCCUGUAGCUAAAUGUAUAAUAAACAGGAACUGACCUUUACCUCCUUUUAGCUGUUUCAAAGAGGUACCUGAUAUCUACAUCUUGGAAUUUAAAUGUCUUCUAAUUAAUUCAUUGAUUUCUCAAGUAUGAAUGGAUCUGAAAGAUCAUCUAUCCCAGCUCUUCCAUUUAAAGGCCCAUAGAAGCAAAUGAAUUGUCCAAGCUUAUAUAUUAAGUCAGUGGCAGAAGGAGCUAGAACUCAGACCUGACUGCCCAGUUAAGGUUCCUAUGUUGCCUCAUUCAUCUUCAGGCCUUAAUAGGAGGGCAAAGAGGCAAGAGUGUGAUAAAAGGCAGGUUAGGGGAAGAAUAUGCUUUGGAGGUAGAUACUAGGAGGAUAACAUCCUUCCUGAAUGGCCUUCCCUCCUGUGUGCCAAGUUCACUAAAAAUUUAUUGCCCCAAAUGUUUAGGCUCUUUUCUUCAUCCCUAAAACCUGAGGGUACAAAGAGGAAUAAGAGGAUCUGUCCUUAGAGGAGAGGACCCACAGAGAUCCACAAAGAAGGAAUUGAAAAAUUCAGUAAUAAUCUGAGCAUUGUUGUGAUUGCCCCAAGAUCCAGACAGUACCUCUGCCUCACCUUUUAUUUGUCUGUCAAGGAUGCAUCUAGCUGGGAACAUUGGUAGUAAAGGAGAUGAAAAAACUCAGAUUAGGGCCAGACUAGGAGUGCCAGAUAGAAUGAAUGGGCUGGGGGUGCCCAGCUGGGAAAGCUUUUCUGGGAUGGAGGUAGGGAGUGAAACUUCUAGGCAGGGGACUGGGAGGUUGGAAAACUCUUGAGCUCUGCCCAAAUCCAAGGAAGCAGGGCAGGAGCUAGCAGUGUUAAGGGUGACCUUUUAUAACUGCCCAGUUUCCUGGCCCUUCUCAAAGAGUUGGGGAAAUCACAAUGGUUUUUUGAAACUUUUUUGCUAGGGGAUCAGUUUAGGCACACAGUACCUGUAAUAGAAUCUCUGCUUCAGUUCAGAAGUGCUUGCAUAAAUCAGAAAAACAGCCAGCUAUGAAUAUGCUAGUAAGAGAUUCCUGAGUUCACCUUUAGUUUAUAGCUGUUCUCAGAGUGUUUAAUGGAUCCUACUUUGAAUUUUGUCAAGUACCACCAACUAUCUUGUUUGACAUUCAGCUACUCUGCCUACCAAACAACUCUUUGGAACUCUGAAUGUUUUUGGCCUCAAAGGAGCUUCCUAAGGACUUAGGAUUCGAUGAGCCUUAUGUAAACAACUAGGCAGCCAUACUGCAUUCAGUUGUCACUAGGUCGGUCAUUCCCUUGGCUCCCUUUCCAUCAUCCUCUACAAAGGAAGCUGGAUGGAAACCCAAGCAUAGCCACAGUAGGGAGGCCACAUCUGAAGCUCAUCAAGGGUAAUCCUAAGGUUACUAGCCUUUUGCACCCCUCCAGCUACAACCUAUUCUCUUACCUAGGGGGAUUUGCACCUUUCUGCUGAGGCUGUUCCACACUCCUCCCCUACCUGUAACACUAUCACUUUGGCCUGAAAGACUUCAUCCCUUAAUUCCCUACCUGAAAGUACCACUCAGAGCCUUGACUCUUGGCCACAAGUGUGAGGCAUAUUGCAGGCUUCUCCUGGUUUUUCCUUAUUUGGAUUCCCUAUGAACCAAGUGAGGCCAAAAACUUUCAGGUUCUAAAAUGAUGCAACUGACUUUGGCCAUUUGAGUUCAAGAGGAUAUGACCUCAGAGGGAUGCUCAAAUGGCCUUUUAGUGAUCCUUCUAGCCUCUGAAAAUCAUUCAGUGAUUUUCCAGCUUGGGAAUAGGAACAGUUUAGGUUAAAUGAGUUUAGGACAUCAUAAUCUCACUCAGUGCAAUUAAAUCAUUUGAAUUCUCUAACAAAAUAAUUGUGUUUUAAACUCCAGGCUUCAUAGAGGCACCUAAAAAUUCUAAAGACACCAAAAUAUUUAUGGUUUUCUGUAGACUUUGUAAUUCCACAUCUUCUCUGUCUUCCAUGAAAUAAACUUUUUGACUGUUAAAAAAAGUAUAAAAAUAAUUUUGAGAAGUCUUACACUUUCAUUAACCUUCUUUAAAUGCUGCAUAAUUAAGUUUUCUGAUAGCCUGUAUCUCCUUGAUAUUCAUGAAGAACAGCAGGUCUACUUUCGGGGGGGCUGGCAAGGAAGAAGGUGAGGUGAGUUCUUCCCAGAGUCCUAGAAAAUUCUGGUGCCUCUAACUGAGGACGUGGGAGAAAGAGUCUCUACCUGGGUCACAGUUCUGAACGUGGGCAGUAGCAGAAGUACCAGACCUAUUUCGCUGUAUAUUAGAUGACCAUCUCAAGUACAGGAAAUUUACAAAAUAUUAUUUUUAUUGUUUGGCAUUUCUAUGUCUGACUCGUUUGAGGAAUGAAUGUUUUCUGACUUUUCUAUUUCCUUGGCCUGCACAGACCCUACCUGGUAUGAUUUUCUAUUCCUUAGUGUCUGUAGAAUGGAUUGCCUGGUGUGUCAGCUGCCCUCACUCUUGUGUAAUAGAAAUAUCUUUCCAGGCUGGGGACGUGGAGGAGAUGAACUGGAUUCCUCCUCCUGUUGCCAGACUGUUCUGCAUUGGCACUUUAUUCGCUCAGUGUUUCUGGCUGUCUUAGGUAUAUUUGAGAGACCAAUGUAACAAUAAAGUGAAAUCUGCCCCUC